AUGAAAAAGCAGAACGUUCGUACCUUAACACUUAUCGUCUCGACGUUCAGCUAUUUGCUGGUUGGUGCGGCCAUCUUCGACGCGCUUGAAUCGAACACAGAAGAUUUCUUGCGCAAACAGUAUCAAGCGGCCGAAGAAAACAUGCUCAUCUCAUAUAAUAUAUCUCGAAUCGAAUAUAUUGAACUCGAAGAUAUUGUCAUUAAGUAUCAACCACACAAAGCCGGUGCACAAUGGAAAUUUCCUGGAGCAUUCUUCUUCUCACUUACUGUCAUCACAACGAUCGGCUAUGGUCACUCCUGUCCCACAACAAAUUGGGGCAAAUCGUUUUGUAUGCUUUACGCUGUCAUCGGAAUACCACUAUGUUUAGUUAUGUUUCAAUCGGUGGGUGAACGUCUGAAUAAUUUCUCUAGCUGGUGUAUUCAGCGAAUUAAGAAGUGUGUUAAGUUGCGACACUGUGAAUCAACUCAAACUGAACUUGUUAUUGUCGGAACUGUGAUUGCAGUCGGCGUUGUCACAGGCGGUGCGGCGAUGUUUCAUCAUUACGAAUCUUGGGAUUAUUUUAAUUGUGUUUAUUAUUGUUUUAUAACAUUAACAACGAUUGGUUUUGGUGAUUUUGUUGCUUUGCAAACAAAUGAAGCGUUAAAUACGAAUGUAUUCUAUGUUGUUUUGUCAAUGACAUUUAUUCUAUUUGGUUUAACUGUCGUUGCAUCAUCGAUGAAUCUCUUAGUUCUCAGAUUCUUAACAAUGAACACUGAAGACGAACGUCGAGAAGAAAUUCAAUCAGCAGUGGCACGAAAUUCUCUUCAUUUUGAUAGUGAUUUAAUUAGUCCAAAUGGUCUGAGUCAAGCUAAAGCAAUCCCAUUUUCGUUUCUCAUCUUGUACUUGUUUCUUUUAGGUACUCUCAUUCCAUACCCGUCUCCUGAACAUCUCGAGUACUUAUCAACUGAACUCACACCAGCCGAAUCUGAACCAUGUCACUGUUUCGCGUGUUUCAAACGGAAAAAGAAAGAACGGAAAAAAUACACAGUGCGUCGUAUGCCUGGAAAAGUGACACAUCUCGUCCCGAUGCAACGCUUCGAUUCAAUGAUCGUUCGACGAGCAUUAUCUAUGGGUAAACCGUCCAACACUGAUUAUAAUCUACAAACUCCAACGAAAUUUUCUCCAAUAACAACGAACUUCACAGAUAAAACAUCUGUAAACAAUUCUCCGGUAGCGCGUUGGCGAUCGCCGGCCGUCACGUCGCACAUACCUAAGUCUACUUCGCAAGGUCACACAAGUCAAGUGAAUAGUACGAAUGAUACUAACAAUGUUCUAUCUUCGACGAGAUUACAAACGAUGUUAACUCGUUUUCGUCAAGAUCUCGAAUCGACUCCGUAUCGAACUGAUCUGAAACGUUUAUCUGUAUAA